AUGGCCAGCAGUUCUGGUGCCCAAGAGUGGCUUGAGGUCCUGAUGCCAUAUCCCACUGAAGCAGAAUGCUGGAAGCGGCUGUGGCGCCUGCUCCUAGGAGUUGUGCCAUCAACCCCACGCAGCCACACACUCACACCAGCUCUGAGACCAGGGCCGCAGGGUGGACUGGGGCUGGAGGUGAGCAGGAUAGGCAUCAAAAAGGCUCUGCAGAGUGAGCUGGCCACAGCACUGCCCGCCUCUGCGCCCAGCAGUUGGUCAGACAACCAACCCGCGCCUGGUCCCUUCUCCCUGCCCCAGGCCGGGUGCAUAAGCAACACUCUGCUUCGAGAGGCCCUGCUCUCCAGCGUGAUUGCGCCGGCACUGCUCUGUGGCUUUCUCUACUUGGCGUGGGUCGCCGCUGCGGUUCCAGAGAGAAGGAUGGCCGGGAGCGGAGCUGGGAGCCAGGAAGGCGGCCGAGAGCAUGCCUUCAUCCCAGAGCCUUUUGAUGGAGCCAAUGUAGCCCCCCACCUCUGGCUGCACCGCUUUGAGGUCAUCAACGACCUCAACCAUUGGGACCGCAUCACCCAGCUAAGGUUCCUGAAAGAGUCCCUCAGGGGGAAUGCCCUGGAGGUUUACGGUGGACUCAGCCCGGAGGACCAGGAGGACUAUGGGGCUGUGAAAGAAAGCCUGUUGAAAGCGUUUGGGGUGGCGGGGGCCGCCCACAGCCACCUGCCCAAGGAGAUCGUCUUUGCCAACAGCAUGGGUAAGGGCUACUAUCUCAAGGGGAAAAUCGGCAAAGUGCCCGUGAGGUUCCUGGUGGACUCCGGGGCCCAGGUCUCUGUGGUCCACCCGAGCUUGUGGGAGGAGGUCACUGAUGGCGACUUGGAUACCCUGAGGCCCUUUGAGAAUGUGGUAAAAGUGGCCAAUGGGGCGGAAAUGAAGAUCCUGGGCGUCUGGGAUACAGUGGUGUCACUGGGCAAACUGAAGCUCAAGGCAGAGUUCCUAGUGGCCAAUGCCAGCGCUGAAGAAGCCAUCAUUGGUACCGAUGUGCUCCAGGACCACAACGCCGUCCUGGACUUCGAGCAUCGCACCUGCACCCUGAAAGGGAAGAAGUUCCGCCUUCUGCCCGUUGGAGGGUCCCUGGAAGAUGAGUUCGACCUGGAGCUCAUCGAGGAGGAGACCCCGGAGGAGGGCGGGCAGCAGCUCUCCUAUUGA